UGCGGCCAGACAAAACUAGUUCUAAAAAUACGUAUUACUAUAUACUAUUAUAUACCAAUUAGGAAAUAUUUGAACAAGUAGAAGAGGUAGAAACGAACUGCAGAAAAUACUUGGGGCUCAAUCUCAUUACAUUUCUUAUAUAAAGGUGGCUAAUGUUGUUGACACUGGUUUCUUCAAUAAAACUGCUGCUAGCUAUUCCGGUGAAUUCCAUGUCCAGAAACGGAGGAGGGUUUAAGGCUACUCUCCGGCGCGUUGACUUCAACGGAAACUUCACCACCCUAGAGCGUCUGCAACGCGCCAUGACUCGCGGGCUGCCAGCUGAUCAGAGACUGGCGGCCGGCAACGACGUGCGAUCAGCGGUCAUCCCCGUCCCCGGCGAGUUCUUGAUUACGCUCGGCUUCGGCAGUCCGCAGGUGUGGUUGGAUUACAUUAUGGACACCGGCAGUGACAUGAUCUGGACGCACUGUUUGGACAACAAUUCUGGGAGUACAGAUGAUUACAACCCCCAGAAUUCGUCUUCUUUCUCGGAGCUCCCCUGCUCCGACAACCUCUGCAAUUCAACGGCGCUGCCGUCUCUGUCGUGUGACAACAAUAGUUCAGUAUGUGCUUUCAACAUCACAUAUGGGAGUGGAAGAACAAACGAUGGCAAAUUAGGCAGAGACAGUAUUACAUUUGGGAACAAUGUUACUGUCCCAUGUGUCAUUUUCGGGUGCGGUCAGGUUCACGACAGGUGGGGGCAGGCGCAUCCCCCACCUGCCGGAUCGUCCGGUAUAAUCGGGCUAGGCCGUGGGGAGAUGUCGCUGAUUUCGCAAACCAAAAUGCCGAUCUUUUGGUAUUGCUUGUCUAGCAUGGCAAGCCUUACCCAGAGCAUGCUUCAAGUGGGACUUCUAGGCGGCGGCGAGAGCAACGACCCUAUGAUCGCCGCCGCCUACUCACAAGAAGUUGUGAAAACUACCCCAUUGUUACCAAAUGAUACACAUUACAGUAUUCGUCUUAAGGGGAUAAGCGUCGGCCACAAGCGGUUGCAUCUCCCGGAGGCGGAGUUCGAGUCGAACCCGGAUGGGAGCAGCGGGAUUGUGGUCGACUCUGGCACCCCCUUGACUUACUUGCAACGGAAAGUCUUUGCGGCGCUCAAGGAGGAGCUUAUCAGUCAGUUGGCAGUGACGGAGUACGAUGCCGGUGCCGCCAUCACGGGGCUGGAUUUGUGUUUCACGAUGCCAUUGCAGUCCGAUGAUAAAAUUUUCCCGAAGCUGACCUUCCAUUUCGAUGGCGACCUGGAUUUGGAGCUUCCCAAGGAGAACUACUUUGUAGACUUGGAGACCCACAACAUGUCGUGCUUGGCGAUGUUAAACACGAGCAAGACAGGCGGGAUGACCAUAUUUGGAAACAUUCAACAGCAGAAUUUGAAUGUGACUUAUGAUCUUACCCAGAAUACUCUCUCCUUUAAGUCUGCACGAUGCAAUCAGCCAUGACUAGCUUCAUUCCUUUUGUCUUGCAUUUGUCAUGGACUCAUGGCCGGCUAGGGGAUCAAAUGCAUAAAUGAAAUCGGAAGAAGAUAAUGUUAUUUUCUUGUGCAUGGUUUGUUGUCUACGAGUUGUCCGGCUGAGUUCUAAUCUGGUCUAGGGUUUGUCCGGCUGAGUUCUAAUCUGGUCUAGGGUUUGUCCGGCUCAUUUUUAGCUGCUCGAGGGUUUGAUCGUGAGUAUCGUUGCUUAGCUUCUUUUUCUGUGUCUCCGAUCCGGCAAUCAUUUUGUUGGCAAGGGAAGAAAAAACGGUUAGGCGACGGUUGACAGUGCUCCCGGAAGGCCAGAACAGCACCGCCUAAAAUACUGAGAUAAGACAAAAAAAUGGCAAUGCGGCGGUGCUCAAUUUCUUACGGAGUAUUUAAUUUUAUCCGCUCAUACGUAUAUAAUUAGGCUAUUUGAUUCUCUUUUACAUAUUAUUUAAUUCAUGCAUUUGGUUUUAAAUUAUUUAUUCAAUUUUUAUAUGUGUAGUGUACGUAUAUGUAUACUCCGUAUUAUUUAACUUUUAUAUGUGUAGUGUACGUAUAUGUAUAUUCUUAAAUGUUAAGAAUAAUUGUACUAUCGUCCUAAAAUGUUUAAGACUAUGAGAUGUUAA